AUGGGGCCAGUGGCUCAGCCUGGCUUGUCCUUGGCAGCUCCUGCCAGCACCGAGCAGCAGCACACGGUCAACAUGGAGCUGUGGAAGAGGGCCAGAGAGCACGUGGCGGAGGCCGUCAAGAAGAAGAAGAUCUUCUCAAUACAGGGCCCCUACCCUGUGAUCCGCAAGCUGCUGCGAGCACGAGGCUGGGUGGAGAAGAAGUUCUCCAGCACUGUCAGGGCCUUGGUGGAGAUCCCAGAGCCUCUUGAGGAGGAGGAGGAGGAAGAGCAGGAGGAGGUCCAGUGGUAUGCUGAGGACCCCGAUGGCAUCCACAAUAUGAUGUCCUCCAUGGUGAGAGACCAGAUACCAACCUUCAUCUGGACAAGCCGGUGCAGCGCUGUAGACUAUCGGCGGCUGCAGGACCACCAGGUGGUGAACCACUUCACCGGCAUUGGAGCCUUCAUCACCAAGGAGGGUCUGUGCACCAACCUCCAAAACCUGCCCUGGUUCCACCAAGUGGAUCCCACCACAUUCUUCCCACGAUGCUACCGGCUUGGUCCAGCACCUCCAUCUCCUCCCGAGCUGCUGGAGACCGCACUGCAGCUUUGCAGGAUGCAGCUGGACAGCCUAGAGCACAAUGACAUCGACUGGGCCUCCCCAGUGCUCCGUGUCACUGAUGCUGAGUGGGACUGCUUCCUGCAGGAGUACUACCGUGUGGUGCAGAAGCAGACCAGGCUGGCACCCAGUGGCCUGCAGCACGAGCAGGGGAGGGGGAAGCUCCAGGCACCGCUGCCCCAGCUCCACAUGGAGGGCAUCCAGAAUCUGUGGAUAAUCAAGCCCGGAGCCAAGUCCCGUGGCAGAGGUGAAGCCAAGGGGAAAAGAGGGUUUGGGCACAGGCUUCCCGGGCAGGAGUGGUCUCACUGGCACCACGUGUCCCCGCUCACAGGCAUCACCUGCUCAGCACGACUGGAGAAGGUGCUGGAGCUAACAGAGAAAUGCACGGCGCCCUCAGUACAGCCGGGACAAUGGGUGGUGCAGAAAUACGUGGAGCGACCGCUGCUCAUCUUGGGCACCAAGUUUGACCUGCGGCAAUGGUUCCUGGUGACGGACUGGAACCCGCUCACCGUCUGGUUCUACGGCGACAGCUACGUGCGUUUCUGCUCCCGGCCCUUCUCCCUGCACUGCCUGCACCGCUCCCGGCACCUCUGCAAUGUCUCCAUCCAGAAGCACUGGAGGCUGUCUAGGGGCCGGCACCCCAAGCUGCCCCCUGACCUGAUCUGGUCCAGCCACCAGUUCCAGAUCUACCUGCAGCGAGCGGGGCACGCUGAGGCCUGGGAGAAGGUGAUGGUACCUGGCAUGAAGGAGGCGGUGGUGGCUGCCCUGUGCAGCGCCCAGGAGCUG